AUGGCGAAUGAUGACUUCGAAUGGCUUCAGAGUUACCGAGAGCCAGGGCCUUUUUGGUACCCUCAGCAAAAUCAAUAUGCCUCCUCCCCAUCGCCGCCUCAGGGCCACCCAGAUCCGUUCAUGGGUUUCCCCCCUACAUCUCAAAUACCCAUGAGCGACAUUCACCAUCCGUACCAUCAUCAAACACCUUAUGCUCCUCUUGAGACAUAUGUGAGGCCACAGGCCACAAUAUAUUCCUCAUCAAGUACCUACCCUUCUACCUCUUAUCAAGGAGGACAACAAUACCGAGCAAACCCACCUGUGACAGCACAACAACCACCUCCUGUCCCUCCUCGACCUCCUCCUCCUCCUCCUUCAACCGUCUCACAACCCCUGCCUACGAAUUCCGCUCAGACACAGCCGCAAAAUACUUCAUCAUACCUGAACUACCCGCCCUUUGCGCGAACGACCGCCAUCGUUGAUUCCGACAAUAAUUCCCAUGAUGCGAAGAGGCGUCGUCUUGAGUCACCCGCGACUGUGACCAUGUCGAAGCCAACAAUGCCGCCUCGAGAAAUUCUCUCUAAAUAUUCCUUUACCCCGCAAGACAUUACGGACAGGGGCUUUUUGAAAACGCGUACGGAUAUAGCAGAACCUCUGAACGUCGCUGACGCGGCGGAAAAGCUACAAUACGAUCCGAAAACAAUCGCCCGGGAUGUCUUGAUUGCGUCUGGGCGCCAUCCUACGGAAGCUCCUUUGAACCAUCAUCUAUUUCGCCUCCGAGAUGUCUUCAUCGGACUCGACACUGCUUCAGAUUUGGAGACCUUUCGCUGGGAUCUGGUAGACCCGCGGGAGAAGCAGGCCAAUAACACAACCGUAGCACGUGACCUACACCCGGUGUCCGCGCCCCCGCUUGUGACUUCUGCCAUAGCGCGUCCGGCCCAACCGAGUCCCAUCAUCCGUACUGAUCCUCCAUUCACUGGUGCUGCCGCAACUCAACAGUACCAUCAGCAACAGCAUCAACAACAGCAACCACAGCCACUACAGUUACCCCAGACGUUACAGGCAUCACAAACACGGCCGCAGCAGAAAUCCCCAUCUCAACCCCAUUCUCAGAAACAAGUACAACCUUCUCCUCAACCUCAGUCUCGGUCGCAUCCUCCGCCCAAAGUAGAAUUGCAAGUACAGCCCCCACCGCAGCCGCAGUCAAAGCCCGGACCCUCAUUCCAAAUACGUACAAAGGCAAAGCCGUCACCACGUCCAUCAACCAAUAUGGUCGGGAAGAGACCUCCUGGGCGACCACCCGCGAGCUCUAAGAUCGAGGUUACAAUUCCCAUCACUUCCCAAAUUCCGUAUCAGGUCUACGCGUGUGACUGGGAGAAUUGCCAAGCGGAGCUGCACAAUCUUGAAAUGCUCAAGAAGCACAUCUUCAAAGUUCACGUGCCUUACACGCUCACAUGUCAAUGGAAAAACUGCACGUUUCGAGAGAACUUACCGGCGGUGCACUUAUACAAGCAUGUACUGAAAGAACAUGUGGAGUCUAUCGCAUGGAAGCUGGGCGAUGGACCAUCAGUGCCUGGAACUGAGGGUCGUGUUGCCGGCGAAAGUCCCGUGCCUAAAACCAUCCCGGAGUCUAUUCAGCCAGGGGGCGAAGACACGCUCAUAUUCCCAGCAAGCUACAGUUCGAUUCGCGCAUUCAAUCGUGUACAUGGCAACCACACACAAUUUGAGAAAGCCCGGGAGAUCUUCAAGGCAGUACAGAGGCUGAAGGAACAGAUUGGGUAUGGAUUAGAUCCCGGUGGAUGCCAGUUGGCUACGCCAGCAAGGGUUGGGAGGGUGAGCAACGAUGAGGAUGUCUAUGCAGUGAGGCAUGAGUCUUAG